GGCUAGCCUUGAGACGACGUGCGAUUCUUGACCUGCUGGGACAAGAAACAAAGGGGAGCAACCGUGAGGGCGACCGCGAGAUGGCCCCCACGGCUCCGAAGCCCUCCUCCGCUUCCGUCAACGGCGGCCGCGACAACGUGGCCGCCGGGAACGGCGGGUCGCAGGAUGCGACCAUGGCUAAGGCUGUGGGCCUCGUCGUCUUCUCCGGCAUCGCCGUCAGCAUCGUCAAAUCCCUCGUCUCCAAAUCCGGCCAACCCCAGCGGCCUCCCACCCCCCUCCAGGACUUCUCCAAGCCCAUGGUUGAGGAGGGAUUUGGAAGUGAGUCGUGUUCGGCUCGGAUCAUAAAGAUUGAGAAAGGGGAUACUCUUUGGGAUCUGUCCCAAAAGUACGGGGUUUCGAUUGAUGCGAUCAAGGAAGCAAAUGGGAUUACCGGGAACACCAUCUAUGCUGGAAAGAAGCUGGUUAUCCCUUGAAUGCUUGUUUGUAUGGUUUUGGUUCCCACUCUUCUUCUUCUUCUUGGGGGUUUUAGGUACAUAUAACGAGAACUAUCCUACUCCUUCCAUUUUGUCAUUUGAUGUUAGGGCUGAAGGGAAGGAGAAGACAGUGUGUAGAGUUUGUAUUAGUUCAGAAAUUGAGUAAUUAAGUAUGUUCGUCAUUGAGAGGGAGGUGCUUGGAUGCUGUGAGCUGAAUAGCAUGUAACCAUUAAGUUUGCAGGACCUGGAGAGAUAUAACUGUAGCAUGUGAUCAAGUGUACUGUCGGACAUGAUGUUUGUAGUGUUUAUGAUGAGUAGAAUAGAUAGCAUUUACCUUGGUAA